AUGUCAUCAAUGUACUUUUCAGGAAAGAGUAGCAAUGAUAUCUUCUAUGAUGAUCCUGAUCAUCGAUGUAUCCACAUAUGUUCAUCCCUAUUUACACUCCUACUGGACUAUGAACAAAAUGCAAGGGUCUUUUUAGACACCCCACUUUUGAAAAUCAGGGGUUUAGAUCAGCCCAAGUUAUUACCUGCUCCAGAGCAUAUAAUUCACAAGUUUUCAGCGUCGGUUUCGGUUGGAAGUACGCCUGAUUUGGUAGCACUUUGCUAUAUCACCAAUGCGAUGGUAGCCGCUGAGUUUCGAGAGUUUAGUAGUGAUGAAUUCAAGAAUAACUUUCUUGCACCGCUAGAUACUGCUAUCAAAGAAUCGGAUAUUUGUGAUAUAUUUUCGUCUCAUAUGUAUUCUUAUCCAGUAGCAGAAUCAAAUAACGAGGAAUGGAUUCAAGAAUAUUUCAGUUGGUAUAUACUGAAAGCAAUUAAUAGUCUUUACAAGUUCACUAGCGGUGAAGAUCAUGUGUUUGGAGGACCACGGACUAUUAAGCCUUAUUUUACUAAUGAGAAGCAUUUACGUUUCAAGCCUGAUAUAAUUCACUACCUGAAAAAUAAACUGGCUUCACUGUAUGAAUUCCCACAUAUAUAUUUUGGGUUGGGUGAUUACAAAACGGAAAGUUAUUGUUUACCGCAAGGAUUUGAAGACUUGAAAGCCGCUAUCAAGGACUACAAGAAUAAACUAUCGAGUACUAGGUUUUCAAGAAAGAUAAAAGCUCCGCUCGUUUUUGAGAAUGAAACAGAAUGGUCGCCCAGAGUGGUAUGUUCCUUAGUACUACGGAAGUAUGUUUACCAGGCUUUUCUCUGUGGUACCGAUAGAGUGUUGGUUUCUGAUCAUCAAACUUUUUCUGGGUUUUUCAAGUACAACAUUGUAAGAGACGAUGAAGCUGGUGACAAAAUGGUUAUAGAUUACUACAUUAUUAAUGAUCCUGAGACAAUUGCAGAUGGCAUAA